CGUGCAGAGUUAUGACUAAACAUGUAUAGACUAGCUUUCAUCUGGUUCGCGUGGUCAAGUAAGCUUUUUCACCUCGUACGUGCUGAUUUUGAGUUUACGACGUCAUAUCCGCGGGAAUGCACAACUCUCAAUGUUACAUGGAAACCCGAAAUGGAUGGUUUCCCUUAUAGUGUUUAUGUCAUGGUCUUGUCAGCUUCAGUGCAAAGUUGGCGAAUCGAUUCAAGCUAUCAAUCAAACACUUCAGAAAUCACUUUUCAGUAUUCAAUACCAAAGAUUAGUUCAUUGUUCAAGCAAUUCAUGGUUGCCGUUGUGGACAGCAAAGGGAAUGGCAACAGCUCACAGGUAAUCACUCCGGACAGCCUUGACAAUCAUCCUUCUGGCUGUGGUGAUUACACUGAGAAUUAUAAAUGGUUGUAUGCGUCUGAAUUGGUCUCACCAAAAGGACCGGACGCUUUCAGUACAACCAAAUUACAGUGCUCAGUGUUGAAUUAUUAUACAACAGAUACACUCAACGCAACCGGACCAUUCUCCUACUCGUUGGUCCCUGAAUCUGGCUUACCGGUUACCGUCAAUAUUCCAAAAUCAGCACAAACGAAUUCAUCUUACUUUUACUAUGAAAGUACAUUACCUUUCAGAGAAAAUACAAGAUUUUAUCAAUUCAUGUCCGAUUCGCUCCAAAGUGCGGAUGGAGGAGGUAGUCCGCUAUACACUGUUGCGUGGAGUCAAAACCAUACAUGCUUGCAAGAAAGCUUCAAGCUACCGGACUUGGAUACUAGCCACGCUUUACCCGUUUCUUCAGUUCCAGCGACCUUUUUAAACCUUCCGGGUGCCAUCCCUUUUCCAUCAAGUGAUAAUGGCAAUGGCUCUAGCACUUUGAACCACCCUUUCAGCGGGCAAGGCACACAAGGGAACUUUGGGACAAACAGUCUUGGAAAAUUAUUGGGCGGGAUCCUUGGAGCUUUUUUUGGUUUGCUUUUGCUUGCAUUCAUAAUUCAUAAAUGGUAUCGAAAGCAUCAAAAGAAGAAACAAAAAUUGGAUAGGGUUGAAAGUGCACAAUUUGUUGAUUUAGGAGAAAGUAUCCUUGAACAAGGCCCGCCAAGCAUUCGCCAAUCAACACUUAUUUCACCUUUUCUUCAUGCUACAAAUAGAGUCGAUCAUCAUGAACCACUAAAUAGUAAUGACCCUAACGCGAUUGGUCUAACAGCGAUCAGUCGCAACGAAAGUUUCCCUGCCUUGGGUACCUCUCUUGGUGAUCGGAGUAGCACUGGUAUGCGAGGUGUUUCAAGGUCGGAGAUUCCGAGAUCUAGAUCGGAUUAUGGGUUAUCUUUAGCCAAUUUUACAAGCGAUGCCACUGAAGCACUUCUAGAUCCAGCAAACGAUUCAGCGAAUCAAUCUGGGCUCUCACAACACGCAAGACAACAUUCACAAGGAAGCAUGGACGCGAACAGGUCUUUGCAUCAACGAUCGGAUAGUAUGUAUUCUUUUAUCAGCAAUACGGUGGGCGUUUUGGCCGAGAACGAGCUUUCAACUGCUGAAGCAAAUCUUGGCUCGAUGUACGACUAUACUUCCAUGCCCGACAAUCCGGGCCAAUUUGCGAAUAUGGUAGGCCAUCGUAGCCGUGAAAUGCAUCUUGACGCAGGCCCAUUAAUCGAAGAUUCACCACCGCCGUACAAGUUUAGGGUGAAUGAAACAAAUUCGCCAAAGCCUUGAUCUAAUCGCAUGUAUAGACAAUAACAUCCCUUGAAAAGAGCCUCUUUCUAUUGAUGAACGAAUUCUGACAACCUCAGAUUCUUCCCAAGACACGAGUAUGCGCGUGAGUAGAGAUCCAUCCAUCCAGAAAGCUCAACAGUCUGGAACACUGACUGAGAUACUGUAGCUUGUUGCCAAUCCGCUCAAAGAUGUUUCCUUGAAUUCGUUGCGCAUACCUUGAGCAGUUAAACGCAUGGCACGUAUUGCAUCGUCCAGAGAGAUCUUCUGCGUGCCUGA